GUUAGCUUGUCGGUGUCAGAUCAUAGGCGUAUAAACGUUUGUAUGUUAAUGUGUCAAAUGUGAGGAGAGCAGCACAGACUCACUGAUUAGACAGCUGACAGCUUCCGGCCGUUAAUUAGACAUGGAGGUGACGGAGGAGGAGCAGCGGCGGCAGGUGGAGGAGCAGGUGGAGACACUGCUGAGCGGUCAGGGGUCAGAGGUCAGCGGGUGUGACGUGGGCCUGGAGCAGAGUAAACCAGCAACUCUGAGGAAGAACGUCACCUACAUCGUCUGCGCCGUGAUCUUCAACGACAAGGAGGAGGUGCUGAUGGUGCAGGAGGCAAAGCAGGACUGUUAUAAGCAGUGGUACCUGCCUGCAGGGAGGGUGGAGGUGGGGGAGAGCCUAGAGGAGGCGCUGAAGAGAGAGGUGAAGGAGGAGGCGGGGUUUGACUGUGAGCCAAUCACCUUGCUGCUGAUCCAGGAGCAGGGACCACAGUGGAUCCGCUUCAUCUUCCUGGCCAAAGUCACGGGUGGGAGUUUAAAGAGUCUCUCAGCAGCAGAUCAGGAGUCUCUUCAAGCGUCCUGGUGGGACAGACAGUCUGUCCUCCCUCUGAGAGGACGAGAUAUCCUCCGUCUCAUCGACUGUGGCCUCAAGUACCGUCAGAAUCCCUGGCACCCUGUCACGUUACCUGUAGACCUGAGCUGCCGUCACGUGGUGCAGAGACUCGUCCUGGUCUUCACCAACGCUGAGCAGCAGGUCUGGGUCCUGCUCGUCAAAGCCCCGAUGCUCCACCUCCCCACAGCGGCGGCGGUGAAGACUCACGCGGUGACGUGGGCGGCCAACAUGGUGGUGCAGGACGCCAUGCCGUCAGUGUACUACGACCAAGACGUCAACACGCUGGGCGUGUUCAGCCUGCAGCACAACGGCCGACAGCACGGGAAGACGGACGGCGUGUGCUUCAACUCGCUGGUGGCGCUGGUGCCCGACCACGUCCAACGCGACGAGGACGGGGAGAAGGUGCAGCGGACGAGGACGGGGCGGCCCCCGCCUGUAGAUAACCCUCGAUACGUCUGGCACGAAGUCCAGAAACAGACGCUGAGAGAGAAACUGCUAGAGAAGACCCGGAACACCUCCGUCGUACCGAUGCACAGCCUGUACUGAGCCAAUCACAGGCCUUCACCUCGCCACUCGCACUGCGGGGACACACCUUUAUUCUAAUCUUAUGUAUCAGUGGCACUGCAGUGAGAGCUGAAUGUGAACGGAGCAAUAAUAUAUUCAUGUUUUUUAUUUUAUAAGAAAUAUUCAGAUUUAAAUGCGUUAAAUAAACAUGUCAGUAGUUUGGA